CGGUGGUCUGUAAAUGAACACGCUGGCUGCUGGUCAGCCCGCUGCCACUUUAAGAAGGCGGAAACGGCGCGGCCAGUACAGUGUGUGUUUAUUACUAGUCUUUAAGUGGCACAUGGAAAAGAUACAGUAACUCCCUCUAAUUCAACAUGGCGAAGGCUUCGGUGGCAUACAUAUAUUUUGCAUGAACUUUAAGGGAUAUUAGCAACAUCCCACGCUUUUUUGCAAAUAGCUGGAAAACUUUUAUCGGCUUAAAUUCCCUGUUUGAAAUAUACUUGGCUUUUUUGGGCAGGACUGCGCGACUGUCAUUAAUCGCAAAUCGCGCCGCCGAAUGCGGGAAGAGACGCCGAUUCAAACCCCUGUGCCAUUUUUGAGGGAUCCGAGAGAGCAUCGUGCAACAAGAUAAAUAUUAGAAAGGAAAAGGCGUACUGGAAAUAUUUGCUGAUUUUCUUUUUCUCCUGAAGCCAGAAGCGACAGCGGGUCUCUAAGCGAGAUGGACGGACCUCCGGGAGGUUGUGCCGAGCGCACCUGGACUGCGUGCGUGUAAAAUAGCCGAAGACUGGUGUCCGGGAUGGCAGCGUCCAGUAACUCCAGUCUGUCUGGUUCCUCCGUCUCCUCCGAUGCGGAGGAUUUCCAGCCGCCCAUAUGGAAGUCUUAUCUAUACCAGCUACAGCAAGAGGCUCCCCGCCCCAAGAGAGUCACCUGCCCUCAGGAGAUGGAGAGCAGACCAAAGUACUACGGCAGAGAGUUCCACGGAAUGGUUUCACGGGAGCGUGCAGACGAGCUUCUGGAUGGUGCUGAGGGUGCCUACCUCAUCAGAGAGAGCCAGAGGCAGCCUGGAACCCACACACUGGCCCUGAGGUUUGGCAACCAGACGCUCAACUACAGACUCUUCUACGAUGGGAAGCACUUUGUCGGGGAGAAGAGGUUCGAGUCGAUCCACGACCUGGUGACGGACGGCCUCAUCACGCUGUACAUCGAGACAAAGGCGGCAGAGUACAUCUCCCGCAUGACCACCAACCCCAUCUACGAGCACGUGGGCUACACGUCCCAGCGCAGGGACCGAGGAACGCAGCGGCUCUGCCGAGGUCACCCCCCGUCCAGGAAGGUCACCUUCCAGGAUGAGGGCAAGAUCUCAUCUCCACCCUUGCUGGGACCACGGGCUACUCUGCGAGACCAGGAGAAGCACUACAGCUAUGACAAAGUUCACAAUUUCAAGACACACACCUUCCGUGGGCCUCACUGGUGUGAGUACUGUGCCAACUUCAUGUGGGGCCUGAUCGCCCAGGGGCUGCGCUGUUCAGACUGCGGCCUGAACGUCCACAAGCAGUGCUCCAGGCUGGUGCCGUCGGACUGCCAGCCGGACCUGCGGCGGAUCAAGAAGGUGUUCAGCUGUGACCUCACCACGCUCGUCAAGGCCCAUAGCACGCCGAGGCCCAUGGUGGUGGACAUGUGCAUCCGCGAGAUCGAGCGCCGAGGGCUCCAGUCCGAGGGGCUGUACAGAGUGUCCGGAUUCAUGGAGCACAUCGAAGACGUGAAGCUGGCCUUCGAUCGAGAUGGUGACAAAGCGGACAUCAGCGAAGACGCCUACGCAGACAUCAAUAUCAUCGCCGGCGCCCUGAAACUGUACCUCCGGGACCUGCCCAUCCCGGUCAUCACGUAUGACCUAUAUUCCCGCUUCAUACAGGCUGCAAAGAUCGCCGACCCAGACGCCAGGCUGGAGGCCAUCCAUGAUGGGCUGCUGUUACUCCCACCUGCGCACUACGAGACACUGCGCUACCUGAUGACACACUUGAAGAGAGUGACCUCGUUUGAGAAGGACAACUUAAUGAACGCAGAGAACCUGGGCAUAGUGUUCGGGCCGACGCUGAUGCGCCCCCCCGACCAGAGCACGCUGGCGACGUUGAAUGACAUGCGAUACCAGAAGCUCGUCAUCCAGCUACUGAUAGAGAAUGAAGACAUCCUGUUCUAGAAGGAAGUGUGCGCGUCCCCCCAAAAGAGACCACCCACCAUGCGCCGUGUAGACCACCACGACGGUCUGUGACAUGCUCAGCGGGUGGCGCCCUCCUCUGUUGUGUGGAUGUUACUGCAUCAAAUUGACUGUCGGAGGUGAUGGCUUCUCCUCUCACACGGGAUAAGAGCUUUGAUUUGCAGGGUUUUUAUUGUAAGCACUUUGGUCGCGUUCCUGCGGUUGCACUGAGCUGGCCGGUCGAUCCUCGCUGCUUCUCCACCCUUGCUGAUGUGCGGCGACUCUUCCGGAAUGUUCCGGUCAUCAGCACAGGUGGCCGCACAGGAUCAGGUCAGCAUCUGUGGCUGUGUGAAGAAAAAACUACAAUUCACAGAAUUCCAUGUUAUUCUUCCUCUUCAGCCAAGUUUAAAGUUUAAAAAGCUGCCAGCAAUACAUAUUCGGCAUUGAUUACUGACAUUAUGCUGUAUGAUGAGAGAUGAGAAUUUGAAAAAUUGCUUUUUUUUCUAACAAAUAUAUGUACCUUGUCAAGUUUUGUUUGUCUGUAUAUACAAUACGUAUAAUGAGCAAAACAUUCUGCCCUGUAUAUAAAAACCUGGUGUCCUGCUUUCAAUAACUGCAAAUAUGGUUGCGUAAGGUAAUUUUGUGCGGAUGGCAAUCAUUACUGAGACAGAAAUACUGCAUCUCCAUUCCGAGAUUGUGGGGCUUUAAAUAUAUUGUGUGCUUUGGCUAUUUUGACAGCCCCAUAAAAAAAGUAAAAUGAAUGGAAAAUGACAGCCAUGUUUUCACCCAAACGACAGACUACGCUGUCAUUAAAGAAAUUGAUCUGUGAUUGUACAUUGCCAUAUGGUGGUUUCAUCUGAGCACCUUUCUAAGUCUCUGUUUGAGUUUCACCUCAAUAUACGAUACAGCCGUGGAAAAAAUUAAGACAUCACUUGAUAUUUUUAAACAAAUCUGCAUUUCUCAGACAGCAGUACACAAGAAUAAGGUGAAGCAGGAGAUACUGGGAAUGACCAGAAACCAGCCAGGUA